AUGGACGUCAUGGACGUGACGCGCGCGUGUCGCUGCUGCCUGCGGUGUGCUCCGGACAAGGACCUGACGACGCCGUACAAACAUCUCGGCAAAACAGAGAUAUAUGCCGACAUGAUCAAAGAGAGCUUCGAUAUACAUCUGGUACUAGACGGCUCGAGCUCGUGCGGCAUCUGCUCGGCGUGCGUGGGCCGCCUGCGAGACGCGAGCGACUUCAAGCUGCAAGUGCAGCGCAGCCAGGCGGAGCUGCGGGCGUGGCUGCAGGUAGCGAGCCACGUCAAAGAGGAAGACUCCGCAGUUGAGGAUCCUGAGAUGCAGGACGGAGAUGGGACCAGUGAGCCUGUAUCAGAUGAAGAGCUCAUAAUCAAGCCAGAAUCGAGCGAAGAUGAGACAAGCGAUGAGAUGUCGCUGGAGGAGCGGGCAGUCAAGUCGGAGGUGUCGGACGCGGCGAGUGACGAGGACUGCGUGUCGGUGUGUCCGGAGGGCAGCGCCGCCCGCGCCAGGGAACAACUCGCGAUGGCUUGUUCCGUGGUGCUCGAGCGCCUCCGCGACGACGCGAUAGUACACAGUGGAGACAAACCAUACUACUGUGAAGACUGUGGCAAGCAUUUCAGAAACAAGACUAUUUUAAGAAAACACAUAGAAAACACACACUUUUCAACCGAAUCAAAUUUCUUUGCUGGUAAUUUUUGUAGCACUAGCGAACAUGUUGCUUCACAUUUCAUGUGUGCUGAAUGUGAGUAUACAACAGGUUCCAAGAAAUCUUUAGAGACUCAUGUAAAAGUACAUUCUUUGGAUAAUAAUUUCAAUUGUAGUCACUGUGAUUACAAAUUCAUUCAGAAAUCAGACUUACAAAAACACAUACUUAUGCAUACUGGGGCAAAGCCAUUUCAAUGUAGCAACUGCGACUACAAGAGCAAUCGGAAAGGAAACUUACAAGUUCACCAAAGAAUACACACUGGAGAAAAGCCAUACACAUGCAGUUAUUGCGACUACAAGUUCAGAAAUGGUUCAGGUUUACGAAAUCACGAAAGGACACAUACUGGCAGCAAGCCUUAUCAGUGUAGCCACUGUGAUUACAAAUGCAGUCAGAAUUCACAUUUAAAAGAACACCAGAUGAUACACACUGGAGAAAAGCCUUACACAUGUAGUCAUUGCGACUACAAGUGCAGAGUUAGGUCAAGCUUACGUUAUCAUGAAAUGACACAUACUGGCAAGAUGCCUUUUCAGUGUAGCCACUGUGAUUACAAAUGCAGUCAGAAAUCAAAUUUACAAAAACACAUAAUGAUACAUACUGGGGCGAAGCCAUUUCAAUGCAGCAACUGCGACUACAAAACCAAUUGGGAAGCAAACUUUCGAACUCACAAAAGAAUACACACCGGAGAAAAACCAUACACAUGUAGUCAUUGCGACUACAAGUGCAGAGAUAGAAGAAGCUUACGAAAUCACGAAACGACACAUACCGGCAGGAAGCCUUUUCAGUGUAGCCACUGUGAUUACAAAUGCUGUCAGAAAUCAAGCUUACACCGUCACAUAAGAAUACACACCGGAGAAAAGCCGUACAAAUGUAGUCAUUGCGACUACAAGUGCAGUCAGAGUUCACAUUUAAAAAGUCACCAGAGGAUGCACACUGGAGGUGUUAAGGAUUGUAGUCUUAAAAUAAUUUCGCCUGGCAACAUUAUCGUUCAAACUUUUAAAAAAAAUAGACUUCCUCCCCUUCUCGUAUCGCGAAUGUAACAUGUCGGGCGCAUCUCACAGCGCUAAUUAUUAUUUUCGAAUAUUAUCGUCUCGGUUCAUCUAAAAGAUUCAAUUUCGUCUGUAAACUGUGUGUACUCAUUGUGGAAGGCUAAUCAGUUGAAGAAGCACUGCUCCGUUUCGGUGUCCACGCUGGUCCAGGUAACUCGGAUUCGAGGUAAGUCUAGACGAGCUGAAGGUCUGAGAAGCCUGCGCCAGCCUCCACCGAGAGCUGCACCGUCAUCUACAGCUCAGCAAGGUGAGUGCUUUUACCAAUUGACCUAGCCUGUCCUAAGUUCCACGGUAUAUCGUUUCGUAUCUCGUCUCGUAAUUCGUUUGAAUACAGUCCACAUAAUUUUUAAAUAUCGAAGUAAAAUAAUCCCAUUAACAGGAGGAAAGCCUUUGAAAUGUAAGUAGUGAUCGGGAUUACAAUAUGGUGAUAAACAAUUUAUGAAUGAAUCCCAUAAUUCCAUUCAGGUGUCGUCAAAUCGUUGUACAUGUUUCACAAUCUAUUCUGUACUUUUAGAGAGUAAGUAAGAGUUUAAAUAAAAAGUUUAAGGCGAAAUUUCAUUUUUGUUACAAGCUUUUAUCGCUGACUGUACUUUUCUAUCCACAGUCAACACACAUCUCAUCGACACACUAACAACCCCAAACGCAAUUUCAGCAAAAGUAUAAGCAUAACUACGAUAAACUGGUUCAAUAUUGUAGAGUACUUAGUAUAUUUAAUAAAGUAAAACUGGCUGUGAUUCUUGAAUACAAUGACUUAUUAGGAAAGCUGGAUAGAUACCAUAGACCGACCAACCUCAGGCAAUUACCCA